UGGUUUGUAAAAUUGUAGUAUUCAAAAACUCCAAUUCAAAUUAAAAGAAGGAGAAAAAAGAGAAAUAUGGGUUUCACUGAGAGACAAGAGGCUUUGGUUAGUAGCUCAUGGGAAACCUUCAAUCAAAACCUUCCUUUCUAUAGUGUUUUGUUCUACACCUUUAUAUUGGAUAAAGCACCUGCAGCAAAAGGCAUGUUUUCUUUUCUAAAGGACUCGAAUGAGGUACCUCAAGAUAACCCUAGUGUUAAUGCUCACGCUGAGAAGGUUUUUGGAAUGGUGCGUGAUGCUGCCGUUCAACUCCAAGCAAAAGGAGAAGUUGUAUUGGGAGAUUCCACAUUGGGGAUUGUUCACACCCAAAAGGGGGUUGUUGGUCCUCAUUUUACGGUUGUGAAAGAAGCAUUGCUCAAAACAAUCAAAGAAGUUGUUGGUGAUAAAUGGAGUGAGGAGUUGAGUGUUGCUUGGGAAACUGCUUAUGACGAAUUGGCAGUCGCAAUCAUAAAGGAAAUGAGCUGAUUAUUAGAUCUAUUACAAACUAUCAAUAAAUAAAUAUAUAUUUUCCUAAAACUUUAAAAAAGUUUUUAUAAUAAAUAUUCAAAAGAGAAUUAGUUAAGAAUUUUCAGGUAUAAUUUCAGUAUAUUUGUAUAAUAAGUUGUCUUCAAUUUUUGGAAGACUAAUGUAUUCGAAUUUUAACAUAUGGUAUAUGAAAAAAAAAUCACAAUAAGCUGUGUAUUUAAAAA